AUGCCACACGCUUCGUCAAAAACAAAGGAAAUUAACAGCAAUUAUUCCAAACAACAAUAUUAUACUACACCAACAUCUGCUUUUUCUUCCUCAUCGUCAUCAGCAUCCUCCACUACGACAGCAACAACUAAACCACAAGAACAACAAUCAAACUCUGAAAACGAACCUGAUUUUCUCAUUGGCUAUGGUGCCUUCGGCGUUAUAUGGUUAGUUUUGGUUUUAUUAGUUUAUCAAAACCAUCGUGUUCAUGUUGGUGUUUGUAUCUUUAGGGCUGUCACAGAUCCACGUACAUCUCGACGAGUUGCGCUGAAAAAAAUGCCAAAUGUAUUUCAAUCAGUUAUUGCAGCCAGACGGGCAUUUCGAGAAAUAAAAAUGCUUUGCACAUUUAGACAUGAUAACAUAUUACAAGCAGUUGAUAUAUUACAGCCGCCUGGAGAAGUCGAUAUGUUUAACGAAGUCUAUAUAUUGACCGAAUUGAUGCAAAUCGAUUUACACAAAAUAAUUGUUUCGCAACAAAGUUUAUCAUCUGAUCAUUGUAAAGUGUUUCUGUAUCAAAUUCUCAGAGGUACCUGGUUGUCACUGUUAUUGUCAUCAUCUGUUAAGCGAAUAUGUGAUUUUGGCUUGGCCCGUACAGAGGAACUUGAUAAACAAAAAUGUAUGACGCAAGAAGUGGUUACUCAAUAUUAUCGCGCUCCCGAAUUAUUAUUGGGUGCGCAUCAUUAUUCUUACGCGAUCGAUGUGUGGAGUGUUGGAUGCAUAUUUGCCGAGUUGCUUGGUAGAAGAAUAUUAUUUCAAGCAUCAUCGCCUCUAAAACAGGUUGAACUUAUUAUUAAUCUGCUGGGUACACCGUCCAUUGAUGAAAUAUCGACAGCGUGUGAUGGAGCAAAAUCCUUCAUGUUAUCGAAGACAUGGCGUGCAGCGAAAAUAAAUUCUUUACUCUCAUUAUCAAAAAAUGUUACUGGUGAUGCUGCACAAUUGCUCUCCCGCAUGUUAACAUGGGAUCCGAGAAAACGAAUAUCAACUAGUCAAGCACUUGAACAAUCUUAUAUUCAUGAGGGACGAAUACGUUAUCAUAGUUGUAUGUGUCGGUGUUGUUAUUCAACUCAACAAAGAAGACAAUAUACGAUCAAUUUAGAACCUGUUCGAGGUUUUCGUUACGAUGAUUCAGAUGAAAAUUUUUCUAAUAUGAGACAAGCAAAAGAAUAUAUGCAUAAAUUAUUAACCGAAUUUAGUCAAGCAAAUACUGUGCCAUUAAGACUUAAUCAUGAUUCUCCAUUAUACAAAUCAUUUGCUACAUCUCAAGUUGCUCAAGCACAUGAAUUGCCUCCUUCACCAGUUGCUUGGGAUAAAUUGUAG